AUCAAUGGAGAAACAGGUGGAAAAGAAGGAUGAUGAUGACAAAGAUGUACCCUGUUGUUGUUCACAGCGUUGGAUUUUAGCGUAUACUGGAUUUUUCGGUUUUGUAUUUGUAUAUGCAUUACGAGUUAACUUUAGUGUUGCUAUAGUAUGCAUGGUAAAAUCUUUGAAUUCGUCAUCAUCAGGUAACAUCAGUUAUAUCAAUGAAACAUCUUCUACAUGUUCUGGAAAAGCUGCCGAACGAGCAGUGUUCAAUCAGCAUGCUGAAUUUGAAUGGGAAAAACAAAUCCAGUCGACGCUCCUUGCUUCAUUUUUCUAUGGUUAUAUAGUUACUCAAAUUCCUGGUGGCUACUUGUCCGACAGAUUCGGUGGACGACGAGUAUUUGGUACCGCCAUGGCAGUAGCAUGCAUUUGUACACUGGUGAUGCCUGCGUGCGCAAGAGUAUCGGUAGUUCUGGUUUACGUUCUUCGAGUCCUGCUUGGACUAGCAACGGGAGUUUCUUUCCCAUCAAUGCAAUCUAUGUGGGGACGUUGGGCACCUCCUUUGGAGCGAAGCAGACUCGUUACUGUUUCUUACCUUGGGACAAUGUUUGGUAGCGUAGGGACAUUUGCUUCCUCUGGGUAUUUAUGUGAAUAUGGCUUUGACAAUGGAUGGGGUUCUAUAUUUUAUAUUACUGGUGGUUUAGCAUGCAUAUGGGUUGUUGUAUGGUUUAUACUUGUCCGCGAUACACCAUCAGACCAUCCCUGGAUCAGUGAAGCAGAACGAGAUUAUAUAAAUAACAGCAUUGAAUAUGACAACACCAAGCGGUCAUCAACAGUUCCAUGGGUUGAAAUAGCCAAGUCACCGGCCGUGAUGGCCUGUAUUACUGCUCAUGUCUGUAAUAACUGGAUUAAUUAUACUCUCUUAACAAGUUUGCCCGCAUUUAUGAAAGCAGUCCUGAAGUUUAACAUCAAAAGUAAUGGAGUGUUAUCUGCUGUACCAUACAUGUGUCAAGCUGUGUCAGGGUUUGGAGUAGGCCAAAUUGCCGAUCUCAUUCGUUCUAAACAAUUAUUAUCCACUACAGGGACAAGACGCUUAUGGAACACAAUAGCGUUUAUCGGAGCAGGCGCCUUUUUAAUUGGCACAGGAUUUGUGUCAUGUGAUCAGCGUAAUAUAGCCGUUGCAUUUCUCUCGAUAGCUGUUAUGUUUACCGGAUUUAGUAGAGCAGGAUACGUCGUUAACCAUGUAGACUUUGGCCCAAAAUAUGCUGGAGUCUUGUAUGGUAUAACUAAUACUUUUGCCACUGUCCCUGGUAUGGUAGCCCCUAUAGUAGCAGGAGCCUUGACACCUAAUGAUACCCAAGAAGAGUGGAGGAACGUGUUUUAUGUUUGUGCAGCUUUCUGUGUAGUUGGAGUUGUGGUAUUUGGAUUUUUCUCAAGUGGCGAGAUUCAGGAAUGGGCGAAGGAUCGCGAAGAAAUAAUUGUUGAAAAGCCAGCAAUUGACACAGAUACAAAUACAAUUAUGAUGAAAUGAUGUAGAUUAGCUGAACAUUUUAAGCAGGAUCAUUAUAUCAAAAACCGCUUAAAAUUAUAGCGAUUAGUUGAUUUACAGUUUUAAUAUUAAAAGAAAUAAAGAUGGAUAUGUCCAAAAUACUUGGAUGCAAACUCAUAAAGUAUUAUCAGAAGAAAACAAAUUCGUUCAGGGUUUUCUAGCCCUUAUAAAGACAUAAAAUCUUGAAGGUCAAGGCAACGUCAUCCUAACAAUGAAAUUGAUAAUAAAUCUGAACUGUGUCUUUUA